AUGGCAUUACCUUUGACACCAGGUUUGACACCAACAGAGGUCGCAUUUCUCUGUGAGAUGGAAAUGGUUACAGUAGUUCCACGCCAGAAACUGGAAAGCUUAGAUUUACUCGCAGGCGCAACACAACCUCUGCGACCACCUCACCGAGUUCCGCUACCACUCUGGCUUGCUCUCCUCCUGAAGCGCCAACGCAGAGCCAACAUCCUCCCCCCACCAUGGCUCUUCCCCGCCUCCCUCGACAAAAUCCUCAAACACGAAACCGAAAUAUCCCCCGAGACAUUCUCUCCCCCUCCACCGCACCCCUACGCUAUAUCCGUCCUCCCCAGCGCAACAAACCACAUCUCGCCCCCCUUCCUGCCCUCGAGUACCGCCGAUUCGCCCCCCGACUACCUUCCAUACCAUUGGCUCGAGCUCGGCGAGAUCUUACUCGAGGCUUGUAGUGACGAUAUCCCGGAUCCUGAUAGGGUAAGGACCGUGUUGCGGGGCCUCAGAGAGGUCAGGAUGGCGAAGAUGAGGGCUAGUACGAAGGAUUUGGAGGGUGGCGGCAUUAGUAGUCUGAGGGGUGUAGGUGCGAUGGAGGUUGCGGAGGGGAGGGAGUUUAUGGUAGGUGUUAUGGAUGGGUUGAGGAAGCUUGGGGCUAGUAGAGAGGCGGCGAGACGGGAGAGGGAGGAGGAUGAGGGGGGGUGGAGCCGGGCAGGGCGAUAG